UAAUCUAACCUAACCUAACCUAACCUCAAAUCCAAUCUAACCUAAUAUAAAACUCGAAUUCUAUCGAGCUCGUUCUUCGCCUCUCUCGCUUCUUACUUCUCGCCUAACUUUGAACAAUUUUGACAGUUCUACUCGACUCACAUUGUACAUAUAUUGUAAUAAUAUUGCAUCAACAAGGAUUGAAAAACCAGAAUGGAAUCCACAUCUAGCAAGGAGGAUCAGAAUAAUCCGGAAGAUUCAGAUUCUUCAGAAAUGGAUGAGAUAGAACCAAGGCUAAAAUAUGUAAGGAUACGCAAUGAUUUGGAACAUAUUCUACAAAACGAUGCGGCUAGUUGUAUCGCUGUACAUCCAAAGUUUCUUUGUUUAGGAUCACACUGGGGAAUGAUCCAUCUUUUAGAUCAUCAGGGCAAUAAUGUAAAAUCGAAAACACUACAAGCACACACGGUGGCAGUUAAUCAGAUCUCCAUAGAUGAUAAUGGAGACUUUAUCGCUUCUUGCAGCGAUGAUGGGAAAGUUUUUAUUUAUGGCUUAUAUAGCACAGAAAAUAAUCACAAUAUGAGCAUGGGCAGGCUGGUUAAAAGUAUAGCAAUUGAUCCAAAUUAUUACAAAAGUGGCAGUGGUAGAAGAUUCAUUACAGGCGAUGACAAGUUGAUGCUCUAUGAGAAGACUUUUUUGGCCAGGUUGAAGUCGACAGUACUUUGUGAAGCGGAAGGUGGAGUGAAAUCUGUUGCAUGGUCUGGUCGCUUUGUGGCAUGGGCCUCAGACACCGGUGUGAGAGUCUACGAUCUUGAUGCUAAGUGUUCUCUGGGACUUAUCAAAUGGUCUCGCACUCCAGAAACAUUGCCAGAACAUUACAGAUGCAAUCUGCAGUGGUCAGAUGACAAGACAUUGUUGAUUGGAUGGGUGGACAUUGUACGCAUUUGCCACAUCAGAAAGCGUACCAUGCAGGAAAUGGUAAACCGAGAUUUGCCAGAGUUUGUGGUAGAUCCAGUUUCAACGUUUCAAGUAGAUUUUUAUAUAUCUGGUAUAGCACCGUUGAAAAAUCAAUUGGUAUUGUUGGGGUGUCUCAAAGAGUUAGACGACGAUGGAAAGAAUCAACGUCCAACUCUGCAUGUGGUUGAACCAAAAUAUCAAGAUUUUUCAGUGCUAUGUGCAAACUCACUUACUUUACGCGGCUACAAAGAGUACAGCUGUAAUGAUUAUCAUUUAGAUUGUUUGAAGGAGGAAAAUAGGUUUUUUAUUGUAAGUCCAAAGGAUAUCGUGGUAGCCAGUUUAUAUGAUACAGAUGACAGAAUCGAGUGGUUAUUGAGUCAUGGAAAAUUUGAGCAAGCUUUGGAAGCAGUAACAACGAAUAAUGGCAAGGAUUGCAAAAGGCAUACCGUAUUAGACGUGGGACGAAUUUAUUUGGAUCAUUUGUUGGCAUAUGAGAAGUACGAUGAGGCUGGAAAACUUUGCCUUAAAGUUUUAGGGCGAAAUAAAAAGUUGUGGGAAGAGGAGGUUUACAAAUUUGCCAGAAUGCAUCAGUUACGUUCCAUCUCAUCCUAUUUGCCAAGAGGUGACGUUACUCUUGAUCCGCUGAUAUAUGAGAUGGUGCUGUACGAGUAUCUGAAGAUGGAUCCCGAUGGUUUCUUGCAGCUGGUCAAAGAAUGGUCCCCGAGCUUGUAUACAGUCGCCGCGGUGGUUAACGGCGUGUUGGAGCAUUUAUUAGUCCACAAUCAACGGCAGAACGUAUUAUUAGAAGCGUUAGCCAUUUUAUACAUCCACGAUGGCAAGUACGAUAAAGCGCUCGCCAUGUAUUUGAAGCUGCGGCACAAAGACGUUUUCCAGCUGAUUCAGAAGUAUCAGUUGUACAAUUCCGUUUACGACAUGAUCGAAGGCCUGAUGGAUCUGGAUACGGAACGUGCCAUACAAUUUUUUCUGGAAAAAGAUAGGGUACCGUCUGAUGUGAUCGUACAGAAAUUGCAGCACAAUCAUCGUUAUUUAUAUCUGUAUCUAGACGCCCUAGACAAAAGAGACACUAAGGAUUCCAAGGGCAAAUAUCACGGUUUAUUAGUGCCAUUAUACGCUGAUUAUUCAAGAGAUAAGUUAUUGCCGCUUCUACGUCGCUCUGAUAAUUAUCCAAUACAACAAGCCCUGGAUAUCUGCAGCCAACAUCAGUUUUAUCCAGAAAUGGUGUAUUUGCUGGGCAGAAUAGGAAACACUUCUGAAGCUUUAGCGCUCAUGACGAGAGAGCUCGACGAUAUGGAGAGCGCGAUUGCGUUCUGCCAAGAACACGAUGACGAGGAACUGUGGAACGAUCUAGUUAAUUACUCACUCGACAAACCUACGGCAAUUACGUUUCUCCUUCAAAAGAUUGGUACCUACGUUGAUCCCCGACUUAUGGUACAAAGGAUAGAACCUACUCUGGAGAUUCCAGGGCUGAAGAAAGCAUUGGUCAAAAUGAUGUGUGACUAUAAUCUGCAAGUUUCCGUGCAGGAAGGUUGCAAAAAGAUAUUAUCUAAUGAUUAUUUUAAUCUCCACGAACGACUUGUUCGUUGUCAGCAGAAAGGCAUAUUUAUUGAUGAUGAUCAAAUGUGUGGAGCUUGUCAUAGGAAGAUAAUUGUAAGAGAGUUGCGGAAUAUAGUUGUAUUUUAUUGUAAGCAUUGUUUUCACGAAGAUUGUCUACCUAACUUUGAAUUUAUUGAAAAUUGUGUGAUAUGCAACUCGCAGGAAGUGACGCUCGGCAGAAAAUGAUAAAGGUAAUUCUUAUGUGACAUGUGCAAUAUCCAAAGUUUAAAAUGGAUUAUAAUGUCAUAUGUUAUUGUGCGACAAAAAUUAUGUUGCACACACUAAUGUAUAAACAAAUUUUUUAUAUAAUAAAUAAGUUGAAAUUAUUUAUAAAACA